UUAGAAGAAAACGAUAAGAGAGAAAUAGUUGAAUUUUUGGGUGAUUAUUAUAUCUCUCGGCAACGGCAAGAGGCAAGUAAGUAACGAUCAUCUCCGAGAUGAGCUUCCAUUUGCAAUUAGCUGCUCGCCCUUCCUCCGCCGCCGCGGUGGAGGCUCCUGCCUUCACUUGGGGCUGCCGCCACCGCCGUCCUAUCUGCAUUAAUUCAACACACCUGUGCUCCGCGGCUGCUAUUUCCUUUCCUUUGAAACUCUCGUCGAGAGCGACAAACUUGACCUCCAAUUCCUCAUCCUCCCCCUUCCGAUGUUUUUCAGCUCUGAGUCCUGAAUUGAAGAGUACCUUGGAUAAAGUUGUGAGUUCAGACAAGGUUGUUCUGUUCAUGAAAGGAACUAAGGAUUUUCCCCAGUGUGGCUUUUCCCAUACAGUUGUGCAGAUACUCAAGACCUUGAACGUUCCUUUUGAAACCAUUAACAUUCUUGAAAAUGAGAUCUUGCGUCAGGGACUCAAGGAGUAUUCUAGCUGGCCUACUUUCCCCCAGUUAUACAUUGAUGGGGAGUUCUUUGGUGGCUGCGACAUCACUCUAGGUAAUACCAACUACACACAUCCUUCUCCUACUCUUUCUUACAACGCAUGCGUAUGCCUAGAUCGCUUCAUUUAAAUGCAUCAUUAAGAGUUUGUUUGGAAUUACAUGAUUCACAUUUUCAUUGCUCUCUGUCCUUCUUGUGAGGGCCUAAUGAUCUCAACGCAUCAAGGUCUACAUUUACCUAUAUCCUCUGGAGUUAGAAAUGAUUAAUUUCGUCAGUUAGUAUUUCUUUCCAACUGAAUACAAGUGGUGUCUUAUAGGAAGUGCCAACAGAGGGAAAUGAACUAGAGUGCUCUCUAAUCAGAAUAGAAAAUAAUGUGAAGAAAAGAUCUCAAGUUCUUUAUCCCCUGAUCUGAUACAGUUAUCAGUUUCCGUCAUAUUCUUCCUGUACAACCAUUCUCUUUCUUUUAGAUUAAUGUAUAGUCCUUAUUCAUUCAUUCUCGAAGAUACUCUUUAUCCCUGCUUGCAUUCUGUUUGAGGAGUUAUUGGUGGCUAAUGAUAGAAACAAACUUUCAUAAUCGGAGUAUAUGAUGAUUUUUUGAGGGAGCUACUGGAUCUGUAAAACAUAGUAUAACAAGGGAAGUGAAAGAAGCGUGUAUGUUGAUGCCUAGUCACAGACAAAUUGCUCCUUGUAUUGUCUUGGUGGCUUUAGCAAAUUAUCGAUUAGGAUUUCACUAUUGGAAGUCUUACACGUUUCAUAUAUUGUGCAACAGAGGCAUACAAGAGUGGGGAGUUGCAAGAAGUACUUGAGAAAGCAAUGUGUUCCUAACAGUGGCAUUUGUAUCUAGCAAGUCGUCGUCGAUUGAUUUAAUGUUAAUGUUAUAUGAUGUUGCUCCACAUUAAUAAGUGUUAUAAUGUUUGGGUACAUCCUUUCAUUUCGUUUCCCUGGUUUUUAUUCCGUUUUGUAUUGGGAACCUUGAGAGGCAGCUUAUUCGUUUUCUUGACUGUGAAUCUCUGAUAACGAAAUGAAACGAUCAGGUGCAGAUGUACUUGUUGAGAAA